GCUAGCUAGCUCGCGCAGCCUCCAAUCGCUCCAGAACCACCGGCUGCCCCUGCCUGUUCCCGUUCUCGUGGGCAUGGCGGCCGAUGCAGCCGUGCCUGGGGCCUUCCCGUCAGCUGGCGGUGGCGGCAGUGGCGGCGGCAUGCGCAAACGUGCCGCAGCCACUGGGUCAUUUACAGCAGCAGCAGCAGUAGCAGCAGCUGAGGCGCCUGCUGGCCGUGCGAUGCUGGAGGCGACCCACGCCUCCUCGACCUCGGGCACCGGAGGGUCGCUUCACAAGCGCCAUCGUGUGGACUCAGGCUCGGCAGUAGCAGCAGCUGCAGCAUCAGGAGCGGCCCCGGCAGUAGCGCCGGCAGUAGCAGCGAUCGCAGCGGCAGUAGCAGCAGCGGGCACAGGCGGAGGGGCGCUGCCCCGGCGGCUGUUUGGGCCGCUCGGCCGGCGGCGAUGGGGCGUGCUGGCGGUGUGUGCGCUGGGUCUGACGCUACUGCUGGCCGCACACGCUGCUACUGCCGCUCCUGCGGCGGCCGCAGCGACCACUGGUCCAGCCGCCACGCCCUCCAUCGCGCCCCUCAACGCCACCGCCACCGCUGUGCCUGCCCCCAAGCACCAACGGAGGUCCGCUGCCGGCGGCGGCGGCGGCGCUACCGCCGGCAGCAGCCAUAACUCGGCAAGCUCAACUACCCCCGCCGCGGAGCACGACUUUACAAAGCCCCCUUCUUCCAGUCCCAGCCACUCACCCCACAAGUCGCGGAUCACGGUCAACGGCAGCGAGUUCUCGGCUACCACCGCCGCCCACAGCAACAACGGCACCACCCAUUCCGGGUUGUCGGCUGCGCCCCUACGACGCCGCCACCUGCUGCAGGCCGCCGGCGGUGUGGGCAACUGCUGUGACAGGCUGGCGGGCGUGGGCUUCAGCGGGGGUGUGCCGCUCAUGCUCGUGGACACACGCAACGGCGCCAAGAUUGAAUCCAAGGACGUUCGUGUCUACGCCACCGUCUGCACUUGCAGCCCCGUCGGCGGCUCCUGGGACGGGCAGCCCUAUGUGGACGUGGGACCCACGGAGGCGCAGCUGUCAGUGCGCGGCAGUAGCAGCGCCCGCCAGAACGCCAAGAAGAGCUACAACCUGAAGUUCCGGGCCCGAGGCGACGGCAACAAGCAGGCGCGGCUGCAGGUGCCGCUGCUGGGUAUGCCCGCGGACGACUCCUGGGCGCUGUACGGCCCUGAGUCCGACAAGACCCUGGGCAUGCGCAACGUGCUGGCGUACGACAUGUUCAGGCGCAUGGGCCACUGGGCUCCCCGCACACGAUACGUGGAGCUGUUCCUGGUUGACGACGGCUCCAGCGGCCCCGUGUCCGCCGCCCGGCACUAUUCCGGCCUGUUCAUAGCCACGGAGCGCAUCUCCAUCUCGCCCGCCCGAGUCAACGUCCGCCGCAUGGACCCAGACAAGGACCUCAGCGGCGGCUACAUCUGGGGCUACGAGAACGACAACAUAGACGCAGACGAGCUGACCUUCCGGCCCUCGCCCUCGCUGCUGACGUUUGUGAUGCACCAGCCCGAGUUCGACAGCAAGCAGGCGCUGGCGCCCGGCGGCGCUGCGGGCCGCCCCACGCCCGCCGAGCGCGCCGCGCUGCAGUGGCUCACCACCUACGUGGGGCAGUGGGAGUCGGCGCUGCUCACACCCGAGCGGCUGCCGGGGCAGGCGGCCCUCAGGGCAAAGGCGGGAGCCAACCGGGAGCAGGGCAUCACCGCGGGCUUCCCCAACGGCCUACGUGGCGGCACGGCGGCGGCGGCCCCCGGCUCUCCUGGCGGGCCGCCCGCGGGCAGCAGCAACUGGCGCGACUAUAUCGAGGGCACCAGCUUCACGGACUACAUGCUCGUGACUGAGAUGACCAAGAACCCAGACGGCUACCGGGGCAGUGUGUACAUGUCCAAGAAUGUGGGCUCUCCCAUCAGCUUCGGGCCGCCCUGGGACUACAACGAGGCGUUUGGCGUGUGCUGCGGAUACCCCAUUGAGGGCUUUGACAGGGGCGGCGUUAGCAGUGGCAGUAGCGGCGGCAGCGCCAUCAGUCCCGAAGGCUGGCGCUUCAACAUCUGCGAGCAGCCUGACCGCUGCAAGGCAGACCCAGUGGACGGCAUCUCCCAGUACUACCGCGCCGCAUGGCGGGACUCGGGCCACCGCACCGGCACCGGCCAGCGCUGGCAGUCACUCCGCGGCGGCGCCCUCAGCGAUGACACAUUGCGUGGCAUGAUCUCAGCACAGUCUGGUCUGAUCAAGGACGCCGCCAUGCGGAACUACGGGCGCUGGGCGUCUGUGUACGACAACUCGUACUUCAAGACCCACCUGGAGCAGUGGAACUACGAGGUGCAGCAACUGCAGGAGUGGUUGCUGGGCCGGGCCAAGUGGAUGGACGCGGCUCUGGCAGAUGCGGCGAAAGGCGGCUGGGGCACCACACCCAGCUGGCCCGCCUCAGCCACCAACAGGGGUGGAGGCGGUGGAGGCGGCAGCAGCGGUGGCGUUGGAGGCGGAGUGGCGGCGAUGCUCCUGGGGGCAGACAGCGGUGGCGGCGCGGGAGGAGGUGGUGGCGAUGGCGGGGCGAGUGGCGUGGUGUCGCGGCUGAUGCGGUUCGUGGGUGGCGGGAGUAGCAGCAACACCCGAAAGCGGUAGCCAUUGAACUGUGGAUAUCAAGGGGUCACACACUGCUGCUUACUUAAGCUUGAAGAGUGGCGGCUUCCGUAUGGCACCUGUGUUUGGUUCCGUACGGGAUCGGUGAUGAGGGCCGGAAGGAUCCCUCGUCCCUGACCAGGACUAUGCCAUUUUUGUAAAUGUUGCAUUCAAUGUUGCUGCUUCCAGCACCUGCACUGGUGCACACCGCGUAAAUCCUGCGCUCCGUAUGUUGCGCGUCUGGGCCCCGCCUAUGGCCUUGCUGAGGCACGAUUCAUCACAGGCAAGCUACUACUGACAAGUGUUCCCCGGUCACGGGAAAAGGGGCUGAGCCCCUCCACAGUCUGAGGCCGAACAACCUCAUCGCCCGGACAUAGCCGGGGUCGGUUUCCACAGGCACGUAGCCUGCAGAUACAGGUCAAAAUUUGAAACUGAAACGGAAAGGCCCAAAUUGCAAGUCCGAA